CUAUAACUCUCUUCAACACUGGGUUUAUUUUAUUACGAUAAAAGCCGUUUGAGGAGUAUCGCUUUGAGUGGUUUAAGUGAGAAAGGAGCACUGACAACGCUUGCCGAUACUUCACUACUGGACACAUUCAUUUCUUUUAUUUAUUUCUUUUUUUAUAUAUUUGUGACCUUCGCUGAGGAAGUUAUAUCUCUCCGCAAAUCGCUUGUGUUAUCCAUGACCUCUAUGAAGGAUCCGUUGAGUUUGGACCACCAUCACCACAAUCACCACGUUACCGGGAGUAAACACACGCCGCUUACGAUGGCCUCUAGUCUGCAACCGCUCCAGCGGUCUGUGGACUCGAAACACAAGCUGGAGGUACACACGGUUUCAGACACCUCCAGUCCAGAGUCCGUAGAGAAAGAGAAGGGACAGAGUAAAAACGAAGAUUCGACUGAUGACCCAUCGAAAAAGAAGAGACAGAGGCGGCAACGAACGCAUUUUACUAGCCAACAGCUCCAGGAACUGGAGGCCACUUUUCAACGGAAUCGCUAUCCGGACAUGUCCACUAGAGAGGAAAUCGCUGUUUGGACUAAUUUAACAGAGGCCAGAGUCAGAGUGUGGUUCAAGAAUCGACGGGCAAAAUGGAGAAAAAGGGAGAGAAACCAACAAUCAGAGCUGUGUAAAAACGGUUUCGGCCCUCAAUUCAACGGACUUAUGCAGCCCUACGAUGACAUGUAUCCCAGCUACACGUACAACAACUGGGCUGCAAAGGGGCUCACGUCGGCCUCUCUGUCAACCAAAGGCUUCCCCUUUUUCAAUUCCAUGAACGUCAAUCCGCUGUCGUCUCAGACCAUGUUCUCCCCACCUAACUCCAUCUCUUCAAUGAGCAUGUCCUCCAGUAUGGUUCCGUCUGCGGUCACCGGCGUACACGGAUCAAGUUUAAACAGCCUCAAUAACUUGAAUAACCUCAGCAACCCCUCUCUAAAUUCGGGGGUUCCCACGCCGACGUGCCCUUACGCCCCACCGACACCUCCGUAUGUUUACCGGGAC